AUUGGAGGUUCUAACGUCAUCAAGGUUUCAUCCUUUACGCUCCGCCGUACCCAUGGCGAGCAUCAUCAGAAGGCCGUCAAACUUGACGGCAGCCGUCGUCGGGUUUCGACUUACUCCGUUAUUUCCGUUCUCCGGAAAUUCUCUUCCCGUUAACUCGGACACAACUCGUUGCUCCGAGUUAAUUCGAGUGCCGAGUUUAGUCGAAGGCUGCGAUUACAAGCACUGGCUGGUGCUCAUGAAGCCUCCCAACGGAUACCCACCUCGAAACGACAUCGUACAAGGCUUUAUCAGAACGCUAUCCAUGGCUCUAGGGAGCGAAGAGGAAGCUAAGAAAUCGAUAUACUCUGUUUCAACAAAGUACUACUAUGCGUUUGGCUGCAGGGUUCAUGAACAUUUGACUUACAAGAUAAGAUCUCUGCCGGAUGUUAGAUGGGUUCUACCAGAUUCGUUUAUAGUGGAUGGUGGUGACAGUGGAUAUGGAGGUUUCAUUUGCUGCUGCUUAAGUUUUGCUUCUUUUGGGGACAAGAUGAGAGCCGUUCGUUGAUGGGGAGGUUGUCCCAUACGAUGAGAAGUACCAUGCGGACUGGCUACGAGAUCAAACUGAUGAGGAUGCUAAAAACCGAGUAGUCAAAAAGAAGCCUAGGAGGAAAAGAAAUAAGACGUUGAACUAACUUUAGAGGUCUUUUUUUGCUUCAGUGUGGCGUUACGCAAGCCUGAGGUUUUUUUUUUGGAAUGUGUCUUGUCUUCUAGUGUUACUACCAUUACCUACUGUAAAGAAUCAUAUGUGUAAUGAUAGAGGGAAUAAUCAAUAUUCAAUCAAACCCGA